GUACCAUCGGCCUAUCGACGACUUUUAUCUUGCGCCAGUCGGUUGAUCUUGGUCUCUUUUCUACUUAUCCCCCUUCACCACCCACGUUCAUUUCACUCUCGCUAUUUCAUGAUCGACACUCCGUUCGGCUACAGUGCGCUGUGAUCUUUUCUUCUUAUGACCUCUCGGUUCUUCCUUCUUUUGAGACUCGACAUUUGGGAAACACUUCGACCUGCUCGAACCAUCCCGUCCUUCCUUUAAACACAACUACAACUCAGUAUCCAUCAACCGUCUUCGAGCCCAUAAUACACCAAGCCAGUUCAACUCUAUCAUACCUUUUCGAUCUUCCAACGACAUCUCCCGAGAACAGAAGAGAGACAGAGAAACACUCCAGACGAGUUCCAUGUACAACUAAGACAACCCACACUUUCACUCAUCGAGUCAUCAACACCCUGACGGUCAUUUGUCUACCAACGACCCGUCGUCCUAUCCUUCACACAGAAGAAAUCGAAACCCACCGUCAUUAGGCCAACUGCCCAUCACUCAGUUCGAAAGAACUUGAAUCAAGUGUACAACAUCGACUACGCUACACCACGCAUCAUACGAUUAAUCAGUAAAGACGGACUCAAACACCCCGCCGACUAACACCCACAGCUCAACACGACAAACUUGUCUGGUGCGUCCCGCAUGAGCAAUAAAAGAACAACAGAUGGAAGAAGUCAGGAACUGAUCAUCAAACAGACGCAUCACAAUGGACGCUACCAUGAUGACGGCUCAGGCAAUGGGACAAGCUCCCUUCCUCUACUACCGCCCCGAACAGAAGCUCGACACCUCAAGGCACCGUGGUCACUUCUCGCAGCAGCCCACCAUGUCCCAGCACAUGCCCAUGUACCCCAUGGUCCCAACCCUGCCUUCAACGCCCAUCUACUCGCGCCCCAACUCGUCCUGCUCGCAGCCCAUGGGCCCUACGCUGUACAGCAAUGGACCCGCGAACAUGACGCCGAUGGCAUCUCCCCAACCCAUGAGCCACAAGCCCGCCAUCAUGCUCGAGACGGAGAUUUGCGACGAUAGCCUCUACUUCCCGUCAACGCCGCCGCUGUCGACCUGCGGCAGUGCCAUCAGCAGCCCCAACGCCAGUUACGAUCUUCUCCAGACACCGAUGAACCCCAUGUUCUCCGGUUUGGAGGGUAUUGACGGCUUGGAGGGCUUCAAGGAGACGCUGGAAGUGCCUGAGAACCACGCUGUUGACUGGAGCAGCUGCGGGUCACCCCCGAUGACACCUGUCUACCUCCAAAACCAAGCAGCCCAGGUCCCCUCGCUUAACACCAACACUAGCGACCUUCUGUCCACCGCAUCUUGCCCUUCACUUUCUCCCUCUCCCUCACCGUACGCCAGGUCUGUCGCGUCUGAACAGGAUCUUGACUUUUGUGAUCCUCGCAAUCUUACUGUCGCUGCUGCAUCCAACACCUCCAACCCGACUCUGGCGCCCGAGUUCCCCGCUUUCACUCUCGGUGAUGAGCUCAGGAGUGAAGUUUCUGCCAAGACCCCUACCUCAGCCCCUUCUCAACCGACCUUUGACUUCAACCCUGCUUUCCCUCACGGCCUCCCCGCCUUUGAGGACCUGAGCGAUUUGGAGUCUGAGGACGACUUCGUCAACGGUCUCGUCAACCUCGGCGACGCUCACUCUGCUGAGGUCCGUCGCCCCCGUGCCUGCACCGGCUCCAGCGUCGUCUCUCUCGGCCACGCCAGCUUCAUUGGCGAGGAGUUCAACUUUGACGAGGCGGAUUUCUCUGCACCGGCCUGCCUUCCCAGCCCCUCCUCUUCCUGCUCCGACAACGACUGCCACCAGGUCAAGCGUCGCAAGGUAGUCAAGAAGGACGCGAGCGAGUCUGCGCCCAGCAUGAACACAGCCUCUGGAGCUUCUCAGGCUGCCAGCAGCGAGCAGCGUUCCAACAGCCAGGCCCCCGCUUCCGAGGCCAACAGCUCUUCCGACUCCGAGUCCAACUCGGCGCCUCUCCCGGCUCCCGUCAACCGCCGCGGCCGCAAGCAGUCCCUCACUGAGGACCCCUCCAAGACCUUUGUCUGCGAGCUCUGCAACCGCCGCUUCCGCCGCCAGGAGCACCUGAAGCGUCACUACCGCUCCCUCCACACCGGCGAGAAGCCUUUUGAGUGCCACGAGUGCGGCAAGAAGUUCUCCCGCAGUGACAACCUGUCCCAGCACGCUAGAACCCACGGCAGCGGCGCCAUUGUUAUGGAGCUCGACGACUCAGCCGUUCACUCCUUUGACCACAGCAUGAUGGGUCACCCAGAAGACUAUCACACUCUUGGCAAGGUCCUCUUCCAGGUUGCCUCUGAGAUUCCCGGAAGCGCCAGCGAGCUCUCCUCGGAAGAUGAGAACAGCAAGAAGAAGCGCAAGCGCUCCGACUAAACAGUCUGAGUGACUUGCUUUUUUCGCAUUCAAUUUCAGCACCGACAGCGACUAACCGUCGCUUUCGAUCAUGCCCGACACGACUUUGAUGACGACAACUUCUUUUUUGAUUUUUUUCCUUCUCAGGCCAGCCCCGCUAUGUUUUACGCGGAUAGGUCACUAGGGUCACACAGGGUGCCCUUCCACAGGAGGACCAUCAUGAACCACCAGAAGAUGGUCCGCCUCGGGAAGGGCCACAUGCGAAAAGUGCAAGCGGGUUUGGGCAUUUUCUCACCAACGCAUUGUCUUCCACUGUAUCAGUAUUUACGACGCCAGACUCGCCGACUCCCUCCACAGGUCUCGGAACAUGGUCAGCGUCGAAGGGAUGCGUUGUUUCAAGGGCAGCAUUGAUGAUCACCACCAAAAGUUCAAGAACGCAAGGGCAAAGGCAAGAGCAAUCCGGAACCAGGACAACGGCGUGUAACGGCGGACUUUGUUUCAAACAGACACACAGCAGCAGCAUGAUUGUUUAUUCGUUUGGAUUUUUUUUCGGAGACAGAGGAGAGGGAAGACACAGAGACACAACCCAAGACUCAACAUCCAUCCAAUUUUUUUGGCAGCGGCCAAAGCGUACUUUUCUCUACGCUCGUUGUAAUCUCUCCAGCAUGUUCGGAGGCCGGCAGCCAGCAUCGCAUUUGGAACAUGGGAACAUUUCUUCUUGUGCGCGACGAUCCGAAGCUCGGACACCUUUCUCUCGGGAAGGUUCACCGUCUGCGGGUUCGUCGCCUUCAUGUGUUUACUUUUUUCACCAUCGAGUUGGGAUUCUUCUCGUUUGAGCUCUUAUCUUGUUGGUCGCGGAUCCAAUUCAGUGUGAGAGAGGAGGCGGAGGCGGAAGCAGAGGAGGGGGUGCUUGGAGUGCAGGUCACCUCAUCAUCGGACAAACAGAAGAUGGAUUUUCAUUUCUUUUCGCCGCAAAAACAACUUUGUAAACCUGUACACAAACACAAACACAUUUCUGAACACACACAAAAAAAAAAAGAGAACACUUUUACGCGCUGCCAAAAACCUUUUCCCUACCUCGCCCGCAUCUUUCUUGUGAUCAAUGCCUCCUCUCCCUAAGUGCCUUUCGCGUGCCGCGUUGUGUGAUCUGACUCGGGGGCUGAACAAUGUUCUAGUUCAUCGAUCGAUGGGGGCUUGACUUUUACAUUCCUUCGACAUGGGUUCAACUUUUUCCUACCCAAGACAAGACAUCAACC